AAACCACGAGCAACGAACUCACCUGCAAAUUAAGCCAGGUAAUAAAACUUGCCGUGAAAAUUAAGCUGAAAAUUAGCUGAUCGAUCGAUCGCCAUGGACGAGCUCUUCUACCAGUCGCUGCUGCUGUCGGUGGCGGCCGUGACGGUGCUGCAGCUGCUGAAGCUGCUCCUGGUGCGGCAUCGCCGUCCCCGGACGCCGCCGGGGCCGUGGCGGCUGCCGGUGAUCGGCAGCAUGCACCACCUGGUGAACGUGCUCCCGCACCGCAAGCUGCGGGAGCUCGCGGCGGUGCACGGCCCGCUGAUGAUGCUGCAGCUCGGGGAGACGCCGCUGGUGGUGGCCACCUCCAAGGAGACGGCGCGCGCGGUGCUCAAGACCCACGACACCAACUUCGCGACGCGGCCCCGGCUGCUCGCCGGCGAGAUCGUCGGCUACGAGUGGGUCGACAUCCUCUUCUCCCCCUCCGGCGACUACUGGCGCAAGCUCCGCCAGCUCUGCGCCGCCGAGAUCCUCAGCCCCAAGCGCGUCCUCUCCUUCCGUCACAUCAGGGAAGACGAGGUGAUGAUGCGUGUAAACGAGAUCCGCGCGGCGGGGCCGACGACGCCGGUGAACCUGAGCGUGAUGUUCCACAGCGUCACCAACAGCAUCGUGUCGCGGGCGGCGUUCGGGAAGAAGAGGAAGAACGCGGCGGAGUUCCUGGCGGCCAUCAAGUCCGGCGUCGGCCUCGCCAGCGGCUUCAACAUCCCCGACCUCUUCCCGACAUGGACGGGGAUCCUCGCCACGGUCACCGGCAUGAAGCGCAGCCUCCGGGCCAUCUACACGACGGUGGACGGCAUCCUCGAGGAGAUCAUCGCCGAGAGGAAGGGCAUCCGCGACGAGAAGAUCAGCGGCGGCGCGGAGAACGUCGACGAGAACCUCGUGGACGUGCUCAUCGGCCUCCAGGGGAAAGGUGGCUUCGGAUUCCACCUUGACAACAGUAAAAUCAAGGCUAUCAUCCUGGACAUGUUUGCCGGAGGAACGGGGACAUCGGCGUCGGCCAUGGAGUGGGGGAUGUCGGAGCUGAUGCGGAACCCCUCCGUGAUGAAAAAACUACAAGCAGAAAUCCGCGAAGUGCUCCGAGGGAAGGCGACGGUGACCGAGGCCGACAUGCAAGCAGGCAACCUCCGUUACCUGAAGAUGGUGAUCAGGGAGGCGCUACGGCUGCACCCACCGGCGCCUCUUCUAGUGCCGAGGGAGAGCAUCGACGUGUGCGAGCUCGACGGGUACACGAUCCCUGCCAAAUCACGCGUUAUCAUCAACGCGUGGGCGAUAGGACGCGACCCCAAGUACUGGGAUAAUCCUGAGGAGUUCAGGCCAGAACGGUUCGAGGAUGGAACCCUCGACUUCACGGGAAGCAACUAUGAGUUCAUCCCUUUCGGCUCUGGCCGGAGGAUGUGCCCCGGUUUCAACUAUGGCCUCGCAAGCAUGGAGCUCAUGUUUACGGGUCUUCUCUACCACUUCGACUGGUCGCUACCGGAGGGUGUAAAUGAGGUGGACAUGGCGGAGGCGCCAGGCCUCGGGGUUCGCCGCCGCUCGCCACUGAUGCUGUGCGCCACCCCGUUUGUCCCUGUGGUCUCUGCCAAUUAGUUCCAUCUAUGCAUGCUGUGUUGCAUGUUUCAGCGCAACCAAAAUAAAAUGAAGAUACUCCCUCAUUCUAUAAUAUAAUGUCUUAUAUUUUCGUAUGGAGGGAGUAAUACGUACGUUUACGUAGUAAUAUGCAUGUGCAUUUUUAUUUCAAUUAUGGCCUGACCACGGUGUGUGUAUAUAUCUCCAUCUACCUAUGCCACGUUUAUAUUUGUAUCUCAAGCUAGUCUGUAUGAUUUAAUAUCCAUCUGGAUUUGAAGUAAGAAUGGGAAUUUCAAUUAGUCGUUAA